AGGGAGAGUGCGCGGACUGCCGCAGCCCCGGGUCCUGCCUGGGAUUGCGUGCGCCUUGCAGCGCGAGGGUCCACACUCAGCCUUUCCCGCGCGGCACUUGGCGGCGGGAGCGCGACCAAUCGGCUUCCGCGGCAGGAGAGCAGCCGCCCAAUGAGAGCAAAGCGGCCCAGGAUCUCUCGGGCCUCGGGUCAGAUGCACAGACCGCUUCCCCAGAAGGCGGACUUCCUGGCUGGAGGCAAAGGUCCCCCCAGGGUCGCGAGUGAAGGCGAGCGAAGGCUAGGUCCGGGGCGAACUGUUCUCUUCGGUUCUCUGCUGUCUAAAAAGUAUCCCUGUGACAUCAGAGGAAAGAUAGAAGGAAAAAUAUCCCUUCAAACAAACAAAAAAAAAACAAGGAGCAACUAAACUUCCUGACUAUCUUCCCAGUGUUUCAGCUAACUGUCCAUUCAUCUUCAAGCCAUCAUGAGCCCUAAGAAGCGCAGGUCACAGAUCGCGUUCGAUGAGAAGAGUAAUAUGAAAAUUGAGCACUAUUUCUCUCAGGUCAAUAAAAACCACGAGAAUAAUUCCAGUAUUCCUCAAAUGAAGAUGGGCUCUAAAAAAGGUCCAAAAGAUAUAACUAACACCCAGGCUCAAGGACCCAAAGACCAGACCAUGCCCCCAAGCAAGACAAUUUACAUCACCUUGGCUGUGAACCACAGGAAACACGUGCUCACACAUAGUGAAGGGGUUAGCUUAUACGCAGCACUCAACACUCUAAAGGCCGUCAAGAAGGAACUAAAAACUCAGCAGGGCAAAGAAAUGCUGGUGCUUGGCACGGAAGGAAUUGAAGGCUACCUCAAUCUUGGAAUGCCCCUCAGUUGCUUUCCUGAAAGGUGCCACGUGCUAAUCACAUUUGCCCAGAGUAGAAGUAGGCAGAAAGAAGGGAGCCAGGUAUUCGGCCGGCAUGACAAGGUAUCCCCUGCCUGUGUCAAAUUUUAUAUUCAUGCAGUUGGGAAGAGAAAGAAAAGGAUAGUUAAGCGCGGGCAUCUUCACAAAGAAGGGUGCAAACUCUGCGUCUACGCUUUCAAAGGAGAAACCAUCAAGGACGCCGUGUGCAAGGACGGAAGGUUUCUCCCCUUUCUGGAGAAGGAGGACUGGAGACUCAUCAAAAACCUGGACUCCAUUCUAGAAAGCGCACAGACCGUUGACAACCUGGAAGGCGAGCUCUUUGAGGUGGAAGUUGAGAAAACCACGACGGGCUCUGGAGCCGGAGCUGCUCAGAAUUUGGAGUCAGAGGAAAGAAACACCUGUGUGUUGAGAGAAGAAAUUGUAGCUCAGUACCCCAGUUUGAAGAAAGAAAGUGAAAAACUCAGAGACAACUUCAAGAAGAAACUGGGAAAUAAAAAGAACAAAGCUUCAUUAUUUAAAUUGCAUAAAGUAAACUUUGGGAAACUGACAAAAAACUCUACCCUGGUAAAAAUGCACAAACUUCUUUCUCAUCUCAGUGACUCAGUUGGGUACCUGUCAUGGGACAACAAUGGAAAUAGGGGUUCUGCCACCUGCUUUGUUUUUAAUAGGCUGUUCAUUUUAACUUGUCGGCACACAGUAAAUGACAUUGUGGGAAAAGGAAUAGACCCAAGUAAGUGGGCAGACAUAAUUGGUCAGUGCGUAAGGGUGACGUUUAGUUAUGAAGGGCCCCCCGAGAAAGAAGAGAACUGCUUUUUCGUUGAGCCUUGGUUUAAGGUAUCUGAUGCAACUCUCGAUUAUGCCAUUCUGCAACUGAAGGCAAAUGGACAACAAGUACCUCUGGGACUCUAUCACAGAAUUGCUCCUGCACCACUUAGUGGGCUGAUAUAUAUCAUUGGCCACCCGUAUGGAGAGGCAAAGUCUAGUGAUGCUUGCACUGUGAUCCCUCUGGAGCAGCGAGUAGGGAAAUUUCAGGAACAUCCUCAGGCUAGAGAGGGAGAGGGUAGCCGUGAUGAUAUGCAAUAUAUCCAUAUGUACACUCAAAGAAGCUUCCAGGACAUCGCUCAUGAUCCUGAUGUAAUUACCUAUGACACCUCUUUUUACUUUGGGGCUUCUGGCUCCCCAGUGUUUGAUGCAAAAGGUUCAUUGGUAGCCAUGCAUACUGCUGGCUUCGCUUAUAUAUACCAAAUUGGGUUAUCUCAUGUCGUUGAGUUUGGGUGUACUAUGGAAUCCAUCCUCCUUCAUAUCAAGCAAAACCAUGGAUGGUGGUUUACAGAAGAAUGUAUAAAUCAGCAGGAUGUGGAAAUGGUGAGUGAUGAGGAUUGAGGAUGGUGAGAAUUCAGUUUAUUUCCUCGCUUCAGUGGAGUUGUUAUUCCAUGGGCAAUGGUGAUCAUUUCCUAAAUUCCAAAAUGGUUACUUCUGUUAUGAAAAGUUACUGUUAUAGAGCACUUCCCAUGCACCACUUCUCUAAACACAUGAAGACUAUAAUCCUAACAAGUGGGCUGUUAACCUGUUUUUAAAGUCGAGCAAUGGGAAGAAUGAUGGGAUUGUGACACUUAACACUGGUGUCAGGUGUGUGUGUGUGUGUGUGUUUUCCCUAUCUUCUGUGUCUUCCCCUAAGUUCAAGUGCUUGAAGGCAGGAUCUAACACUUGUUCAUCUCUUUAUCUGCGGUAUCUGGAAGAUGGAAAGCAAGUGCUUAGAAAAUGUGUGGGUCAAUCAGUAGCACAAUUUAGGGCUGCAGUUAAUCUUAAUUGAGGAACUAAAUGCUUGGUUAGAAAUAAUCUCACACAAAAUCUUUAGAAUUUCCCAAAUCUUCAUAUUACUAAAACCCAGGAUAUAUGUGUUCUGAAAUUCAGAGGGUAAUACCACUCUUCCUAUAUUUAUCAGGCUAUUAGGGCAAAGAGAAUGUCUUAAAGAUCAUAUCACUGUGAUCUUAAUGCCCUUAGUUUUUACCUUUUUUGUUCUAGGAUCGCAAGCAGCAUAGCACAUUACAUUUAGUUGUAUGUCUCCUUAGGCUCUUCUUGCCUGUUCUCAGACUUUGACUAGUGACCUUGACAGUUAAGAAGAGUACUGGUCAGGUAUUUUGUGGGAUGUCCUUCUGUUGGAAUUUGUCUGAUGAUUAGACUGGGGUUGUGGGGUUUGGAGACUGGAGGGGCAAAGUGCCUUUUCACCACAUCAUAUCAAGGGUACAUAUCCCUUUGACAUAUCCUCAUUGGUGUGUUGUUUGUUUCCUGGUUUUUUUGAGCACUUUCUUAUGUUGCGCUCCUACAAGAUGCCCCAGGCUCCGCUUGUAUAUUUCCUGCCCCAGCCCUAGAAUCAGCCAUUUCUCCAAGGAGCCAUGGUUACUUUUCAUGGAGAACAGUGUUAGAAACCAAGAUCUGGGCACUAGGUAUGCUUGUUGCUAUCGGGUGUUAUUUCUUUUAUGCUCACUCAGCAGCCGGAGAAAAGAAAUAUGUGUCUAUAUAUUAACUUAUGUACAGUCAUCCUUCCCAGCUUAUUCUUGAUUUUGUUUUCUGGGCCUUCAGUUUCCUGUGGUCAGAUGAUCUUCCUUCUGACUUAUUGCCAGGUCAGUGGUAGCCUAAUGCUGGGUCACGGGACCUAUGUCAUCCAGUUCACUUCAUCCCCUCAGGUGGGCAAUUUACCACCUCACAUCAUCAUAACAGGAAGGAUGAGUGCAGUACAAUAAGGUAUUUUGAGAGAGGGAGAGAGUUCUAUCUUAUUAGGUAUUGCUAAUCUCUCACUGUGCCUCAUUUAAACAUUAAACCUCUUCAUAAGUAUGUGUGUAGAGGAAAAAACAGAGUAUAUAUAGGUUUCAGGCAUCCCCUAGGGAUCUUGGAACGUAUACCCCGCAGAUAAGGGGGAGGGCCACUGCAUAUACAUAUAUCUACAAACAUUCCUACGUGUAAAUGUCUGGAUGUAUAAUUAAGUUGAACCCGUUUUUACUGAUGUCUCCCACUGUAGUCCAGUCCCCCAUGGGUCAUUUUCGCCUCCUCCCUUGCUCAUCUGUGAACUCCCAGUCCAACAGUGAGAAACUUGGCUCCGACCAUCCCCCACCCCCUUAAUUGUUUAAUUCGGUAUUCAUGCAAAGCGGCGUCAGAAUUUUUCACCUGUACGGGGACGGGAAAUAACAUGGCCAGCUACAGUGGGGUGUGUGUGUGCCACCCCUUUUGCCUCUAGUCUUACAGACUCACUCCCAAAGUGACUGGGGUCAGUACUUGUCAUUCCAUGCCCUUCAGUGAGGUGUUUUGUACAUUUGCAGUGCAGUUAGGUUCUCUUGUCACAGUCUCCACUCUUUCCUUUCACCUCUCAACCUAAGUGACAUUUAAAAUUUGCAUAUAUUGGGACAUCUGGGUGGCUCAGUCGGCUAAGCAACCAACUCUGGAUUUUGGAGCAGGUUGUGGUCUCAGGGUCUCGGGAUCGAGCCCUGCAUCACGCUUCACGCUUAGUGCAGAGUCUGCUUCAGGAUUCUCUCCUUCUCCCUCUGCCCCUCCCCCUGCUCAUGCUGUCUGGCUCUAAAAAUAAAUAAAUGAAUAAAUCUUUUUUUUUUAAGAUUUUAUUUAUUUAUUUGAGAGAGAGAGAAUGAGAGAGAGCAAGCACAUGAGAGGGGGGAGGGUCAGAGGGAGAAGCAGACUCCCUGCCAAGCAGGGAGCCCGAUGCGGGACUCUAUCCAGGGAGUCUAGGAUCAUGACCUGAGCCGAAGGCAGUCGCUUAACCAACUGAGCCACCCAGGCGCCCCUGAAUAAAUCUUUUUAAAUUUGCAUAUAUCAAGGUUCACUGUCCAUGCUGUGAGUUCUGUGGGUCUUAACAAGUGCAACAAUGUCAGAUCUCUACCAUUACAAUGUUGUACAGAAUUGCUUCACCAGCCUCAAAGUCCCCUGUGCUUCACCUGCUUCUCCCUCCCUCUCCCCUACACCCCUGGGGACCACGGAUCCAUUUUACUGUCUUUAUAGUUUUGCCUUUUUGCAGAAUGUUACCGGAGUGGAAUCAUACAGUAUGGAGCCUCUUCAGCUUGACUUCUUUCACUUAGCAAUAUUCAACGAAGGUUGCUCUGCAUCUUUUUGUGGCUUGAGAGCUCAUUGAUUUUUGCCACUGAAUAAUAUUCUCUUGUAUGGAUAUACCACACUUUGUACAUUCAUUUACCUUUUGGAAGAUAUCUUAGUUGCUUCAGUGUUUGGUGAUUAUGAAUAAAGCUGCUGUAAGCAUUUGCGUACAAAUGUUUGUGUGAACCUAAGUUCUCAACUCAAUUGGGUAAAUACCUCAGGGUGUGAUUACUGGACUGUCUGGUAAGAUUGUGUUUAACUCUGUAAGGAUCUGCCAAACUAUCUUCCAGCGUGGCCCUCCCAUUUUGCCUUU